ACUUUCCGAAACAUUUCCCCGAGUGCUAUAAUAGCUUGGCUGGAUAGACUGUUUAAGGUUGGAAACUAAUUUUUGCCUUUUAUCUUUCUCUACAGUUCUUGGCAACCAAAUAGUACCUAAGAAGCUUCUUUACGAUCACUAGUUGAGUGCAAUAUUUGAGUUUCCUGUAUUGUGCAAUAUUUGAGUUUCCUGUAUUGAUUAUUCUGCCUUUUCCAUUCCUGUUGUGGGGAUAUGCUUCUAUAUCUAAAUGUUUAAAGUGUUGUGUUAGUAGUUUUGAAGUGGGGUAUUGGCGUAGUAGGAUGAGAUGGUAAAGUAAUUAGGCAGACUCCUACAGAAAGAUAAGAAAUAUAGCCUUGAGCCAGUUUCAGUGAAAACAAAAGAUAUCCUCUCUCUGAGUUUCACGUGGUGGUAGGUCUACUUGACCAGUAAUGCUUGGUUGCUAAACUAUGUAUAAGGAGGGUUAGGUCUUGUAUUGGCGGCAAUGAAUUUUGAGUUUCUGAGUAAUAUCCCGUGGUUUGGUACCCGUGCAAAAAACGACAGAGGGACAACCUUUAUGUCAACAACUGCAGUCCUGGAAACACCCAAACAAGAGGCUCAUUUUGAUAUCAAGUUAUGGGGUUGGACUGUUCUUUCAGUCGUUCCAUGGUUUCUCAACAAGAGAGAGAACAUUCAAGGGCCAUCUAAAGUCAACAAGGAAUGGAAAAAGCCUGCACGACCGAGCGGUUUUGUUGAUUCUAGUAUUAGAAAUUCUGGCCUACGCUUCAGACCAUAUGUUUCCAAAGUUCCAUGGCAUACUGGCCCAAGAGGGUUUCUUUCUCAGUUAUUCCCUCGAUACGGGCAUUACUGUGGACCCAAUUGGUCAAGUGGGAAAGAUGGAGGAUCUCUUUUGUGGGACAAGCGUCCAAUUGAUUGGUUGGACUAUUGUUGCUAUUGCCAUGACAUUGGUUACGACACACACGAUCAGGCGGAGCUUCUGAAGGCGGACCUAGCAUUUCUUGAGUGCUUGGAGAGGCCUCGCAUGACUACAAAAGGGGAUCCUCAUGUUGCUCAUCUUUAUAAGACAAUGUGCAUUUCAGGUCUCCGGAACGUACUUAUACCUUACAGAGAAAACCUUUUAAAGUUACAGUCUGGGCAAUUAUCGGUUGGGUUUGGAUGGCUAAGCAAUGUGAAAUGGAAAGGAUGGAAUUGGCAUAAAACUUGAGAGACUUGAUUACGAGCUAGUUAAAGGUGAUCAGUUGGCCAUUUCAAUUGAAGCGACUGUGGAAACAAAUGUGGUUUCGGUGGAGAUGGGAGCAGCCUAGGGCCAUUGAGAAUUUGAACAUGCAAAGUUUUAUUGACUCCCUCCAUAAAGGUAAAUGCAUAUUAUGUAAAUAGUUGUUUUGCUGUUGACAAGGAUUGCUUUCUGGUGCCUUAUGGUUUUAUGAUCAAACAGAUACAUGUGGACACCACUUGCUUUCGUUGAAUGUGAUUUGUCCAUGCAGUAUGACCUGACCUAUUAUUCGGUUCA